CUGGGCAACCGUUCUUACCUCCCUGCCGUUGCCUCUGGGAGAGGAUUUAUCAAGUCCCUUGGCAGCUAAUUAAUAGUAUUUCCGGAGCUCCUGUUGUGUGCGGAGCGCUGUGCUAAGCGUUUGGGAGAGCACAACAGCUUGAACAUCCACGAUCCCUAUCCUCGAGGAGUUUAACAAUCUAACAGGCAGGCGCGUGACUUGAACACGUGCACAGAGGUGACACCGAGAUCCUCCGUCGGUCCCCUGCAAGCAACAGAGCCAGCCAGGAAACGGACAGGCGGGGCAGGGGGCCUCCAGCCCUCGCCUACGAGGUGGGGACGAUGGCCUAGACGGACGAAGAAAGCCCACCGCCCGGUGAGCCUGGGAGCGGCUCGGCCCCGGCCGGAACCGGCCGGGCCCAGCUGAAGGCCCCGCUUCGGACGGCAGGACCGCGGACCGGCCCCCGGCUUGACCCCAGAUCCUUCCUCUCCUAAUUCAUGAGCCGGCAGGAUGCGGUCGCCGUGCUUUCAGAACGCCUUCUCGUAGCCGCCUACAAAGGCCAAGAAGAUAAUGUGGUGCAGCUUAUCAACAAGGGUGCCAAGGUAGCGGUUACCAAGCAUGGCCGGACCCCCCUGCAUCUCGCCGCCUACAAGGGGCACCUCCCCGUGGUCCAGAUCUUGCUGAAGGCAGGCUGCGACCUCGACAUUCAGGAUGACGGCGAUCAGACGGCACUGCACCGGGCGGCGGUGGUCGGCAACACCGACGUCAUCGCCACGCUCGUCCAGGAGGGCUGCGCGCUGGACCGGCAGGACAAGGACGGGAACACCGCCCUUCACGAGGCCAGCUGGCACGGCUUCAGCCAGUCGGCCAAACUGCUGGUUAAGGCGGGAGCCAACGUCCUGGCCAGAAACAAGGCGGGGAACACGGCCCUGCACCUGGCCUGCCAGAACAACCAUUCCCAGAGCACCCGUGUCCUGCUGCUGGGAGGAUCUCGUGCCGACCUCAAAAACAACGCGGGAGAUACCUGUUUGCACGUUGCCGCUCGCUAUAAUCACUUGCCCAUCAUUAGAGUGCUCCUCAGUGCUUUCUGUUCUGUCCAUGAAAAGAACCAGGCCGGAGACACGGCCCUGCACGUAGCCGCUGCGCUCAAUCACAAGAAGGUGGUGAAGAUCCUCCUGGAAGCCGGGGUCGAAGGGACCGUUGUCAACAACGCAGGCCAGACCCCUUUAGAGACGGCCCGUCAACACAACAACCCCGAAGUUGCUCUGCUUCUCACCAAAGCACCCCAGGUUCAGCGCUUCAGCCGGGGCAGGAGCCUGCGGAAGAAGAGAGAGAGACUCAAGGAAGAGAGAAGGGCUCAGUCCGUGCCCAGGGAGGAGCUAGUGCCCAGUAAGGGCAGCAUUUCGGCGGCCGACACCCCCAGCAGCGAGCAGGCGGUUCCCCGGCUAGGGGAGGCCAAGGAGGAGGCCCGGUCAGCUUCUCCAGAGCCCCGAGCCAGGGCGCACAGGAAGAAAAGGCCGAAAGAGAAGGUCUCGGCCUUCUCGGACCCCACCUCUCCGGCGGACCGACAGCCCCUCCCUGGGCCCCAGGGGCACCCGCGGAACAACCCCAAGAGGAGGAACAAGCACCGCGGCCCGUCUCCGCCCCCUCCCCACGAAGUCCGGGCCUAUCAGCUCUACACCCUGUAUCGGGGCAAGGACGGCAAAGUCAUGCAGGCCCCCGUGAAAGGCUGUCGCUGUGAGCCGCUCAUCAGUAAGCUGGAGAAUCAGCUGGAGGCCACGGUGGAGGAGAUGAAAGCGGAGUUCGGCACCGUGCGGGACAAGAUGAACACGAAGCUGGGGCAGAUGGAGGACCGGACUCAGCACCAACUGCGGGUCCUGGACAAGCUGAUGGGCGAGAGGAUGUCCGCCGAGAGAACCGAGUGUCUCAACCGCCUGCAGGAACACGCCCAACUGGAGAGGCACGACGGCGAGAGACGACAGGUGUCCUUGGUGGAUGAGCUGAAAAACUGGUGCCUGGGAAAGAUUCAGAAUCUGGAGCUGAAGCUCAGCGGAGAGUCGAGAGCCUCCAGGCCCCAGUCGACGCCAUCCCCAGAUCUGGAGCAGCCGUCGGGGGGCCCGGAGGUGGCCCCCGAGGUGGCCGUGCGGCCCAAAGACAAGGCUCCGGGCGCGGCCCCGCCGGGCCCCAAGCUGCGGCACGCCAAGGUGCAGACGGCGUCGCAGGCCGAGCCGCCGCCGCCGGGCCCCUGCGUCCACAGGGCCACCCAGACCAGGAAGGUGGACAAGGGCGGGCAGAGCAGACACCGCGCCCAGCCCCCCGACCCCCCGCUCCGAGAUGGGACCCAGGCCCUGGAGAUCACCCAGUACUUCUUCGAGGCCGUCUCCACGCAGAUGGAGAAGUGGUACGAGCGGAAAAUGGAGGAGGCCCGCUGCCAGGCCACCCAGCGGGCCCUGCAGGAGAAGGCCGCCCUGAAGGAGCACAUUCACAGCUUGGAGGAGGAGCUCACCAAGCUGAGGACGGAAGUGCAGAAAGACAGCUAGCUGCGGGCGGGUGGGGCCCCGUCCGGCCCAGGUAUAACUCCGCAGCUUGGGGGUCCUGGAAACGACGCCCCUCCCCUCCCCGGGCCGGCGUCAAACAAACCUUCAGUGCCUAAGAGGCGACCGGAGACCUCGGACGGGGACUUCCCACUCAACGGCCUGCCAGAAUACCACGAGGUGAGGGGCUUUCGCAGGACUGCCGGACCCCGAGACAGAAGUAUCCGGCUGGCUGCCGGCCCUAGCGCCUCUCCCACGGCCCCUUCUCCCAAGACCGCGUCCUUCCCGGCGGGGUGAAGGUCAGAGUAAACCCCCCCCGAUACAGGUACCGAAGCGUCCGAGCCAGCCAGGUGGGGGUUCAGUGACGCAGUCGAGUUCGUUUGAGCUACUGGGGCUCGAGCCGCGUGUCCGGGGCUAGCCUUAGUUGUAAAAUAAAAUGUUUUCCAUUCCUUUGCUA